ACACACACUCAUCACACAAACACACAUUCGCACACGCCCGCGCCGCGCGCUCGCCCGCUAGCUCUCCCACGCAGGCGGAAUGCAGCAGCGCUCGGGGAGCUUGUCUGCAGCCGCUGCCUGAAUGCACCUCGCUGCCAGUAGUCUUGCAGCCCAAUAGGGCGCAAGGGAGGAAGCUUGGCCGCCGGAGCCUGGACAGUUUCAGACAGUGCAGACUCACCACAUGGUUUGAGAAAUGGCUGUAGGGAACAACACUCAACGCAGUUACUCCAUUAUCCCAUGUUUUAUAUUUGUUGAGCUUGUCAUCAUGGCUGGGACAGUGCUGCUUGCCUACUACUUCGAAUGCACUGACACUUUUCAGGUGCAUAUCCAAGGAUUCUUCUGUCAGGAUGGAGACUUAAUGAAGCCUUACCCGGGGACGGAGGAAGAAAGCUUCAUCACCCCUCUGGUGCUCUAUUGCGUUCUGGCUGCCACUCCAACUGCUAUUAUUUUUAUUGGUGAAAUAUCCAUGUAUUUCAUAAAAUCAACAAGGGAGUCCCUGAUUGCUGAGGAGAAAACAAUCCUAACAGGGGAAUGCUGUUACCUGAACCCCUUACUCCGAAGGAUCAUCAGAUUCAUAGGGGUAUUUGCAUUUGGACUUUUUGCUACUGACAUUUUUGUAAACGCCGGGCAAGUGGUCACUGGUCACCUAACACCAUACUUCCUGACAGUGUGCCAGCCCAACUAUACUAGUACGGACUGCCGGGCACACCACCAGUUCAUCAACAAUGGUAACAUCUGCACUGGGGACCUGGAAGUGGUCGAACAGGCUCGGAGGUCCUUCCCCUCCAAACACGCUGCCCUGAGCAUUUACUCUGCUCUAUACGCCACGAUGUACAUCACAAGCACAAUCAAGACGAAGAGCAGUCGACUGGCCAAGCCAGUGCUGUGUUUGGGGACUCUCUGUACAGCCUUCCUGACAGGCCUCAACCGGGUCUCAGAGUACCGGAACCACUGUUCGGAUGUGAUCGCCGGCUUCAUCCUGGGCACCGCAGUAGCCCUGUUCCUGGGAAUGUGUGUGGUUCAUAACUUUAAAGGAACACAAGGCUCUCCUUCCAAACCCAAACCCGAGGAUCCCCGUGGAGUUCCUUUGAUGGCUUUCCCAAGGAUAGAAAGCCCUCUGGAAACCCUAAGUGCACAGAACCACUCAGCCUCCAUGACCGAAGUCACCUGAAGUGAAUGAAGAGAUGCAGCUGUAUUUCGUUUCUUUCUUUCUUUUUUUUCCAACAACCUUCCAGUUCAACACUUCAAAACACACAGUGACUUCAGUGAAACUGUGAAUACAAGUAUUAUGUUUAUCUAGUUAGAGGCUAAUGUUUUGUACAUUUUUUGUAUUAAAAAGUGAUGUAGCUUGCCCUGAUCUUUUUUUUGUCAGCUUUAAUAUAUUUAUGCCAGAAUUUUAAAACCAACAAAAUUUUCCUCUUGUUCAAGUGUGCAUUUAUUCGAUGAUUGAUGUUGUUUUGUGAUAUUUGUACGCAAAUCUUUUCUCAGUUUUAUAGACACAAAUAAGGUGAACGGUCCACUUUAACCCUUAUUACCACAGCUGCUGCCUCCCCCAGAGUUUUCAAUUUUAAUACGAGUUAAACUUUUGAGUUACAGGAAGGACCAUGGUGGUUAAUUGUAAAUAUCAAAAUCAAUCUUGGGGAAAAAAAAAAAAUAUUUGAAGAGAACAAACAUCAUGUUCUGUUCUGUUAAUAAUUUAUUGAAUUCCCAAUUAAAGAGACAGUGGCAUACUGGUGAAGAAUCCUGGUUUCCUAACUAUUGACAGAAGCCAACAUUGGGGGUGGGGUGGUUAUAUGACUCUUUCUUAGAUAAUGGCCUCGCCCACCUAAGGAACUCACGGUCAGUCUGGAAUUCUGUCCUUGGGCAGGCAGGUGACACUGUAGCCUUCUAUCCAAAAGAGCAGCUAGCACCAGCCUUUCCUGCCAACUCAACAGUUUUGUAUUCAUAUUGUAUGGACUUUUUAUGAAAAAGAAUAUUUUCCAGUUUGCACAGUAUUAUUUUACAGAAAGGACGUCAGAGCACCUACAACGUAGGGCCCAGAGCAACAUCUUCACUUGGGGGCUUCUAACUGUUCUUGGGUUUUAACUGCAUCCCGUUUUCUAGCAUGGUGUAAUGUGUCCCCACCAUCUGUAUCUCUCAAAAUGUUUUCUUGACACAUCAUGUCAGCUCUUAGCUUUUUUUGUACAUAUUUUUUUUCUAAAUAGAAGAAAAAAAAAGUUAUCACAAAAUGUAUUCUGACUCAUGUCCUUUGUUUGACAUUUCACUCAGUGAUGUUUGAAGGACCAUGGAAUGACCCACAAGUGUUUGUGCUUCGCAGUUCUCAGGAGCUGAGAUUAAAUGGACUGAGUUGGAACAUGACAGAAAGGUCAUUCAGACAGAAAGGAGAGGGAAGAAGGGAGAGAAGGUGAAUGGGAAUGGAUAUGCAUGGUGUACAUGCAUAUGUGUUUGAUAAAAUGAAAGAAUUCCAUAAUUUAUUACAACAUUCAAAUGUACUUUCUGGAUUCCUAGUGCAAUACCUUAAUCUUCAGUCUGCCUUGAAGUUUUCAAUAAACACUUAAUCUUCUUUUAGGAACAAAAGUUACCUCUGCUAAAACUUUCCUUGUCCCCGAUUCCUCCGCUGUUCGCCUAAACUCUCUUAUAUACAUUCAUAUACAUCUUCUAAGUAGGGUCUGACUAAAGUUGGAGAAAAGAGCAAGUAGCUAGGCUCUAUUAAUCCCUAAUACUAAACUACCUGCCCCCACAUAUAUAAUGCAAUCUGUUGUUUUCAGUGCAACAAGCCCAGGGAAGACAGAUAAAAGUAAAACACCGUGACACACAUCAGUCCUAAUAUUGUGUUCCAGCUCUGCCUAGUUCUUAUUUCUAUUCUUUCUGUUUCAUGAAAAUGUCUCUGAAUCAAGUUAAGCCCUUUUUGGGGUGGUAUGUCUACUUAGAUGGUUUAUGGAUGCUACGAGGUGAAAGAAAUCCCAAGAAAGAGUCAUUUGCAAACUCUGAGCUCUCUCCUUUCCUGUAAACUAACUGUAAUAUCAUCCACUGUCAGAAUGGCUCCUUUUAUUUACCUAAACAUAUAGGAUUUUUGUAGAAAAGAAAUAAAAAGAUUUUUUUUAAUUUUUUUUUCUAAAACAUAAAAAAAAUGGAGGUGGGCAAAAUUGAUGGUUUGUUACCCAUUUCAUGUCACACUGAAAGGCCUAUUUGUUC